GCGUGUGCUUAGCGUGUGCUUAGCGUGUUACCCUUGAGAUGCCACCAUCCCUGUGUGCCUUCCACUUCUUACCUCGCGCAUGGACCAGCCGCCACCGCACGCGCCCUGUCACCCUCCGCCCCUCGUCCUCCUCCUCCCCUUUCACUCUCCUCCCUUUCACUGCUCUCUCUCACUCCUGCUGUCCCUCCAUCCUGCUCUGGCUCCUCCUCUUCCUGCUCCUGACCCCUCCCCUUCCGCCCGUAGCGGCCGGCGUGUUCCGGGUGGGCCUCGUUGGCCCCUGGUCAUGUGACCCCCUCUUCGCCAAGGCCCUGCCCUCCGUGGCGGCCCAGCUGGCUGUGAACCGGAUCAACGCCGACCCCGAGUUCUCUCGUACGUCCACUUUUGAUUACGUCCUCCUGGAGGAGGCGUGUUACACGUCGCGUGCGCUGGAGGGCUUCAUGGGAUUCUACACCAAGGCCUCGGGGUUCAUCGGACCCGCCAACCCCGGGUACUGCGACGCAGCCUCACUGCUGGGAAAGGGCUGGAACAAGGCGGUGUUCUCCUGGGCCUGUGUGGGGUACGAGCUGGAGGGGCUCCGGAACCAUCCUACCUUCGCCCGGACCCUGCCCCGGCCCUCCUGGGCCCUGCUCAGCCUGCUGCGCUACUUCCGCUGGGCGAACGUGGGCAUCAUCGCCUCCUCCGAGGACAGCUGGGGGGAGACAGCGGGCAAGGUAGCCAACUCCCUGAGGAGCCACGGGAUCCCGGUUCGCCUGGUGACCUCCAUCGGUCCCGACUCGGCCAGCGUGAGGAAGACCCUGGCCAAGGUCCGAAAGAUGGCCGACCUUCGACUGAUCAUCCUCUGCAUGCACUCGGCCCUGCUGGGCGGAGCCCCCCAGAAGCAGCUCCUGGAGACGGCCCAGGACAUGCAGCUGACGGACGGGCGUCUGGUGUUCCUGCCCUACGACACGCUGCUGUACAGCCUGCCCCACCGCAACGCCUCCUACCCGUCGCUGAGGGCCAACAGCAAGCUGCUGAGGGCCUACGACGCCGUGCUCACGCUCACCCUGGAGUCCCCCGGGCCCUCCUUCCACCAGGCCUUCCAGCAAGCCAUGGACCGCGGGGAGCUGGCCCGCACCAUCCAGCCCCAGCAGGUGUCUCCCCUGUUCGGGACCAUCUACGACUCGGUGAUGAUCAUGGCCCACGCGGUGCGGCGGGUGAGGGAGGCGGGGGAGUGGAUGUCUGGGGGGAACCUGGCUCGACACACCCGGAGCCUGGCCCUGCAGGGCUUCACCCUGCCUCUCCGCACCAACGCCUCCGGGGCAGGCCUGGCCCACUACCUGCUGCUGGACACGGACGGCAAGAGCACCAGCCUCUACCCCACCCACAGGGUAGAGGUGGAGACCAUGAUGGUUCACUUCCUGGGCAGGAACAUCCACUUCCCCCACGGCCGAGGCCCUCGCUCAGACGCCAACUGCUGGUUCACCAGCGGAGUCAUCUGCUCCGGGGGAGUGGAUGUGCUGUCAGCUGUGGGAGUGUUCUUGGGUAUCGUCAUGGUGAUGCUGUUCUCUGUGGCCACGACUUACCUCAUCAGGCGACGCAUCAACCAGAUUCGUUUGGUCAGGGGGCCCAACAAGAUCCUGCUGACUCUGGAUGACGUCACCUUCAUCAACCCGUCUCUUAGCAACAAGAAGCUGAGCCUGGAAAGCAGCAAGGCCAGCGACCCCCGGAGGAGCGUCUCGGAACACAGCGUCAAGUCCCCCUUAUCCAGCCAAUCACCUGCCACGCACGAGAACUCCAACGUGGUCAUCUACGAGGGUGAUUGGGCGUGGUUGAAAAGGCUUCCCAAUGGAACCUUCAGGAACAUCAACCCCAAAACCAGCGACGUGUUUGAACUGAUGAAGGACAUGCGCCACGAGAACAUCAACCUCUUCCUGGGGUUCUUUCACGACUGCGGCGUGUUCGCCAUAGUAACGGAGUACUGUUCCCGUGGCAGCAUGGAGGACCUGCUGGUGAACGACGAUGUAAAGCUGGACUGGAUGUUCAAGUCCUCACUGCUGCUGGACCUGAUCAAGGGUAUGAAGUACCUCCACCACAGGAACGUGUACCACGGCCGUCUGAAGUCCAGGAACUGUGUUGUGGACGGGCGCUUCGUUCUCAAGGUGACAGACUACGGCUACAACGAGGUCCUGGAGACCCAGAAGUUCCCCUACCAGCAGCCCCCUCCAGAGGAGCUGUUGUGGACGGCUCCAGAGAUCCUCCGAGGUCCGAUCCCUGGCUUCAAGGGCAGUCUCCAUGGCGACGUCUACAGCUUCGCCAUCAUCAUGCAGGAAGUGGUCAUGAGGGGCCCUCCCUUCUGCAUGCUGGAGCUCUCUGCCACAGACAUCAUCCAGAAGGUGCGCAGGCCCCCCCCCCUGUGCCGGCCCCUGGUCUCCCCAGACUACGCUCCCAUGGAGUGCAUCCAGCUCAUGAAGCAGUGCUGGAACGAACAGCCAGAUAAGAGACCCGUCUUCGACGAGAUCUUCGACCAGUUCAAAAACAUCAACAAGGGGAAGAAGACGAACAUCAUCGACUCGAUGCUGCGCAUGCUGGAGCAGUACUCCUCCAACCUGGAGGAGCUGAUCAGGGAGAGGACCGAGGAGCUGGAGAUAGAGAAGCAGAAGACUGAGAAGCUGCUCACACAGAUGCUGCCCCCGUCUGUGGCGGAGGCCCUGAAGGUGGGCCGCACGGUGGAGCCUGAGUACUUUGACAGCGUGACGCUGUACUUCAGCGACAUCGUGGGCUUCACCACCAUCUCAGCCAACAGCGAGCCCAUCGAGGUGGUGGACCUGCUCAACGACCUCUACACCAUCUUCGACGCCAUCAUAGGCAACCACGACGUCUACAAGGUGGAGACGAUAGGGGACGCCUACAUGGUGGCGUCUGGUCUGCCCGACUCCAACGGCAACCGCCACGCGGCGGAGAUCUCCAACACACUGGACAUCCUGAGUGCUGUGGGCACCUUCAAGAUGAGACACAUGCCUGACGUCCCUGUGCGCAUACGCAUAGGCCUGCACACAGGGCCGUGCGUGGCAGGCGUGGUGGGCCUCACCAUGCCCAGAUACUGUCUGUUUGGAGACACGGUGAACACCGCCUCCCGCAUGGAGUCUACUGGGAUGCCCUACAGGAUCCAUGUGCACAACAGCACAGUGAAGAUCCUGCUGGAGCUGCAGGCUGGCUACCAGGUGCAGCUGAGGGGCAAGACCAACCUGAAGGGGAAGGUUACGGAGGACACCUACUGGUUGAUAGGAAGAACAGGCUUCACCAAGCCCCUCCCUGUUCCUCCUGAACUCAAGUCAGGGCAAGUGCCCCACGGGCUACAGAUGGAAGAGAUAGCCCAGUACAAGAGACGGAAAAUGGAGAAACAGCAACAGCUUGCAAAGAAGAAUAACUGACGAUCAUUAUCAGAAGACCCGAGAUGUCCAAGGACUUCAGGCUGAUGCUCCACAAGGCGGUGAGAAAGAUCUCCACGGUGCGGCAGGUGGCCCAGAUCACCAUGGUGGACGAGGGCAACGAGGUCAUGCUGUUGCACCACUGAACCUCCCUCAUCG